AUGGCAUAUCAAGCAGUCGGUGAAAUCAAACGCCAAGCUCUUGGACGUAUUGGCUUUCUCGGAUCACUUUAUGAUAUCCGCACAGAUACUUUCACGGGUGAUUCUAUUUUCAAAGAUAGACUACCCAUUGAAUUGCUUGAAAAACCGGUUGAAAUCAGACAUACAGAUUUUCAUCUGGACUAUUCAAGCACACAAUCAGAAAAGUUAAAGCAAUUGAAAGUCGAUGGAAAUUUCAAAUUGAAUAUCAUGAGCGGUGUAGCCAAACUGGAAACAUCAGGUAGUUACCUCGAUAUGGACAAAGAUAUAUCCCGUUUAGUAAAAGUCGACAUCAUCUAUCGUGUUGAGACAGUCGAAGAUCAUAUUACAAUCAAUCACACGUCAGUAGAAAAUCUCAUAUCAACAACAAUGUUAUCACAUUCUCAUGCAACACAUGUGGUAACAGGAAUUAGAUGGGGUGCUAAUGUGAUUGUAUCGUUUGAAAACCAAGUCAAAUCAAAAGAGGAAAAAAAAGAAGUUCAGGGGAAAUUGGAUGCCGGACUAAAUAAAUUCAAAGCAAUUGUAGAAGUGAGUGGUGGCGCAUCUCUUGAAUACCAAAAUACUAGUAAAAACGAGCAAGGAUCAGUCAAUAUCAAAAUUUCCGGCGACAUUCAAAUCGAAGGCAAAGUGCCUAAAGUCAUUGAAGAAGUUUAUGAUUUUCUGCAAACGAUACCAUCAGCUAUCAAUAAAAUAAACGAUGGGAAAGGGAAACCGUUAGAAUAUUUCUUGUACCCGUUGGACAAUAUUGCAAGAUCAUUCAAACUUGAAACUACUAUAGACCGUAUAAAUCUUGAAUUAGACGACUAUCAACUACAUCAGAUUGACCAAGAAUUUGAUGACCGGGCAAAAGCAGUUCAGAAAUUCGACGAGUUUGCAAGUGAGGUUAAAGAUGUUGAAGAUUACUUAACGGCUGCUACUAAUGAGAGUGUGCAGAAAAUGAAAAGAGAAAUAGGUUUGGACCAACGAAAAUUUCGUUAUAAUAUAGCGAUAACAUUAAAACGUGUACGUUCGUCACCGACAUCUGAAAUCAGCUCAAUCGAUAAAAUAAUUGAAGAAUUCGCGAACUCUAAAUCGUCAUCAUAUAGCAUAAAUCGAUAUUUGGAUCAAAAUCAAUCACUUUUGGAAAAGAUUGAUCAGAUUCGAUAUUUAAGCAAGAGAGGUAUCAAAGUAGUCAAAUACAGUGAGCGCUUAAAAAAUUACUCACGUUUUAAGGACAAACAAGAUGUUUAUGUGUUUUACACCAGCGAUAAAUUGGAAGAAGCACAAGUGGAGAAAUGGAACAUUCAAUAUCGUUACUUUUUAAAUCUUCACGAACAAUUGACACAAAGUCAGCCCGUAGUAAACAAUUGUCCCACAUUUAUUUGGAUUGAUUAUGAGUUAUUAAAUGACGUGGAUCAAUCAGCUGAGACUACUAUCAAAUAUUAUAAAAAUGGAUUCUUGGUCACUAAUGAUUAUUAUGAAUAUCAGAAACAACUGACAGCUUCCCAUACAUCUGAAGUAUUAAAGAAAGAUGAAGCAACUUCCUCGAUUAGAUUUAUUAGUACAAAAGUAUCAUCGGAAGAGCAACGCGGCACACCUAAAUGUUGUUAG